UAAAAAUCGUGUAACUGAGCUAUAUAAGCAACAACUUGUGCCUAUUAUGUGUUUGGAACCGUUAAAGACAAUGCGGUAUCUCGUUGUUUUAUAACGACAGGUUUAGGUAAUAUAUUCGGCACCAUUCAUCUCUUUUAAUACAGCGGUGAUAGUGACGUUCGGUAAUGCUAUACCGGCAAAUUGCAACAGUCUAAAGCUGACUCGUUUAAAAAAAACUGUUACGUCCUUCUUUGCCUAUAUUAAAAUCGCUAUUUUAAAAAGUGAAUGUAUGUGUGUAUGAAACGUUUGUAAUGAUGGUAGUCGGAGCUGAUAACAAAACCGUGAGCACAUCUAGUAAGUUUACAUUGCAGCAGUUUGAAGAAAAAGAGGGGGUAGAGCUCGACAAGAUGACACCCGGCAAUGCUGAAGCCAUGAGGCUGGCAAAGGCUGAUCACCGGUCAACGGAGACAAGAGAAAUGUGGGGUCGGCGUCUGGAGUUCGUGCUCGCCUCCAUCGGUUAUGCUGUGGGUCUGGGAAACGUGUGGCGCUUUCCGUACCUGUGCUACAGGAGCGGAGGAGGUGCUUUCUUGAUUCCCUACUUCAUCAUGUUGUUUCUCUGUGGUAUCCCACUGCUGUUCAUGGAGUUCACUGUUGGGCAGUACACCCGUCUGGGGCCGGUCCACGCUCUGGCUAAAAUAUGUCCCCUUUUCAAAGGUGUGGGUCUUGCCACAGUGGUGAUUUCUUAUGUGCUCUGCACCUACUACAAUGUGCUCAUGACCUGGGCUCUCUACUACCUACUUCACUCCUUCAGCCCCUCAUUGCCAUGGCAAUCCUGCAACAACACAUGGAAUGCGGUUGGCAACUGUUCCACUGGUUUUCCUGGCAAUGCCACACAUCUGCAAUCGGCCAGUCAACAGUUCUUUGAUCACAAGGUGCUAGAAAUGACCAAAGGGAUUGAGCAUGCUGGAGGGAUUCGUUGGGAACUCUUUGGUCUUCUAGUUCUGGCCUGGGCCAUUGUUUAUUUCUGUAUCUUUAAAGGGGUCAAAUCCACUGGAAAGGUUGUGUACUUUACUGCCACAUUCCCUUAUUUCAUACUGUUUGCAUUACUGAUCAAUAAUGUCCAGUUGCCUGGAGCAAAAGAUGGUAUCCUCUUCUUCCUCAUGCCAAACUGGAGUAAACUCUUGGAAGUCCAGGUGUGGGUCAAUGCUGCUGCUCAGGUCUUCAACUCGAUUGGCAUUUCCUUUGGUUCUAUGAUAUCUAUGGCCAGUUACAACAAGUUCAACAACAACAUCCUCAGGGACACAUUUAUCGUCUCUCUAGCUAAUUCAGCCACUAGUAUCGUGGCCGGGUUUGUUAUUUUCUCUGCCAUUGGGUACAUGGCCCACAUUCACAACCUGCCUAUAGAUGACAUUGCCACUGAUGGGCCUGGUCUGGUGUUUGUGGUGUAUCCUGAAGUUUUCUCCACUAUGCCAGUUUCUCAGCUUUGGGCUCCUCUGUUUUUCAUCAUGUUACUCUGCCUUGGAUUAGACAGUCAGUUUGCCAUGGUGGAGGUGGCUGUAACGUUCAUCAUGGACGGUUUUGGCAAGAAGGUUUUGCAAGUUUUUAAGAGAAAGGAGCUGAUUGUUCUGGCGGUGUGCAGCCUUGGCUUUCUGCUGGGGAUUCCUCAUAUUACCAGGGGUGGGAUAUAUGUGUUUCAGCUGAUGGAUCACUACACAGCUGUGGUGUCUCUAAUGUUUCUGGCCUUCUUCGAGGUGCUCGCCAUCACUCUCAUAUUUGGAGUGAGACGGCUCAGUGUAAUGGUGGAGAAUAUGCUGGGAAAGAAACCAAACCUCUUCUUCCGUGUUUGUUGGCAGUUCCUGUCACCCAUGCUUGUGCUGGGUAUUCUGAUCUCCAGUAUUUUUCAGUACACUCCAGCUCGAUACGGGAAGUCCUACACAUACCCGUUCUGGGCAGAGGUGGUGGGCUGGUUCAUCUCUCUCAUCUCCAUCAUCUGGAUUCCACUUGGGGCUGUACAUGAGCUUUGGACCACAGAAGGGUCUCUGCUGCAGAGGUUGAAAAAGUCCAUAACCCCAACUGUAGAUCUGGAGUCUGUUUCCGAGAAACCAUCGGCCGAGUCCAUUGCGCUGUUCACUGCUGCUUAGACGCCUGCUAGUGUGUGUUCUUGGUAUGUUUACUCAUUAGAAGUACAAAAUAGCUUUGCUUAAACUGUAAAAACUAUAAUUUUAUGUUUUAUUAGUAUUCAUAUUCUGUUUAUUGUAUUUGAGAUUAAUGCUGAAAAGAACAAACACCAAAAAGGUCCCAGAAUUUCAAUAUGGCAUUAAUAUUG